AUGUCAAAGAAAAGAUCUGAGCUCUCUCAGUCCAGUGGUAGUCUCAAUGCGCCAAUCCCAAUUAAGAGGUCAGGGGUCUCAAUUCCACGAGUGAGGUCGCUGUUACAGCUCGAUUACGAAUCAAGAAAGCAGCAUACCGAUGGGAUUUACAGGACAUUCACACCAAUGGGCUACAGGGAGUCUGAUACUCAAGAUAAGGAAUAUCUGUACAGCUGUCUUGAGUUUUCCAGACAGGAGGGUUACAACUUAGACUACCCAGAAGGGUGGGAUGAAAUCGAAAGAUGUCAAUUGGAUCCCAAGUCGAGGUUUUUUGCAAGAGAAAGGCCACGAACCUUGAAUCUUCCGGGAUUACUUCCCUAUGAGAUUGAAACUCCAAAGGAUCAAGCAAAGUUUUUAAGCCAUAUUGUGUCUCAUCUUUAUAUAGCCAUCAAAACGUUAGAUAUCCAAGGUUCUUUACCUGUUACAGCGAAAGACUUGGCUGCUCUCAAAGAUGGUAAUGGGUUUUCAGAUAUUGAUUUAGCAUUGGGUACUAAUCUAUUCGAAAUGGCGAGUGAAUUUAGUCAAGGAAUUUCUCAUGAAAUAGAUGAAGAAAAUGACAUUUAUGACGAUAUACCCGAUCACUACUCUGAUGAUGAUAUGGAGUACGAUGAAGAUGACUCUAUGGAUGAUGAUUUUGAUGAUGAUCGUGAAACUGUGAAUCAGCAUAAAAAAUCUCCCAAAUCUGCUGCAGUAGUGAGUGUUCGCAUUUGGACACACGAGCUCCUAGUGUGGCUUAAGAUGAAGUAUGAGAUGCCUCUUAGCUUGAGGAUGGCCCUAGCCAAAGUUUAUUAUUCUAUAUGCUUGUCAAGAGGUCAACAGUUGAGUCUUAAAAUCUAUGUGAAGACUUUCGAAAUCUUGACAAAAGACAUCGUUUUAUUAAAGAGACAUAGGUUCAAAUUACCUUGGGAAGGUUUAUAUAAUGAACUUGAAAACCUGUUUCCUCCAGUUUAUUCAUCCCAUGAGCAAUUUGAAAAAAAAGACCACAAGCUAUUACAUAGACUAGCAGAGCGAGCUUCGAACUUCUUUGAUGACGAUUCUUUACCAACCAUAUACUCUAAGCUUGGAAGCAAUUUUUCGAUACCGAAUGCUUCCAUAGUAUUAUCAUCGAUGGCAAUUUUGCCUCACAGAUUUAACAAAGGAGGAAGAGACAGUCCUACUGAUAUCCGUCAUUAUAUUUCCUCGUUGUUUCAUCUUUGGUUGAAGUUAAAUAGGAUUUCAGGAAUUGAAACACAUUUAACCUCCAGAUUAGGCACAAUUGCAAUGGACACCUUACUUGAAUUACAUCGUACUUCUGAUUCUCAUAAAUAUUUGAUUCUUGACGAUUUUGGUGUUUUUUCGGCUGAACAAAUGGAUUUUCUUUUCAAUACAUUGAUCAAUAGUUUGAGUAUUAUGAAUGAUAAGUAUUCUUCCAUGAAAUCGAAAUUUUUUCAUGGAUUUUCUUCUACGAUAGUUUUUUCAAUGGUUGGAGAAAAGUGCUUAGGUCCAGAUGGAAUUUUGGAAAAAUUUGAAUCAUUAAUGAAAGAUUUAGAAAGCUAUAUUCAUCCAUCUAAUAGCGGUGAUUGGUCUCGUCCUAUUUCAAAAUUAAUAUCUAGUUUGAUCUACCAAUUUCAUAAGAGAUAUAAUAUGGAACGACUGGACACCUUGUGUAACUUACCUAAUUUAUACAAAUUAAAUGAUGAAACUACGUAUAACUUUGUCAAGAUUUUUCUACCGGCUGUGAAAACAGGACUUCAGUCGAAAAAGAGCAAUUGUGUCGAUGAUUAUUUGACUUGCUUGCAUAUGUUGGCUCAUUUGAACCCACCUUUGGUCCUAGAAAAUGUUUUAUCCGAUAUAUAUGAAUCCCUCGAGGGCGUUAUUUCGACCCAUAGAGUUUCCAUUGCUAUUCGGUCCAUGGAAACUUUGGCAAGGUAUUUUGCUUCAACCCCUGUUUUUAGAGUUCACAUCACUAGAAUUAUUCUGCUGGCUAUUUUGGGAAUUGACUCUAAUGAUUUAGGAAAGACCAUUCAUACGUUGGAUAUGCUUGCUACGAUUGCCAAUUUUGUUCCGUUUUAUGAUCUAACUGAUGGUAACUCUGACCCAUUAUUAGCAUACCAAAUCACCCAGGAACAUAUAGCAUUUCUUCAGAGUAAAAUAUAUUCGGACAAUGAUUCCAAUACAUUCCAAAUUGACAAUACAAUAGAAAUUGAUGCACUUAAGUCGUCAACUAGCUCUUUCAAGGAUAUAAUAAAGAGUUUAUGUGAUAGAAUAUGCAUAAUAUUGGAGAACUUGCCAGAUCCUUCUAAGAGUGUUGGUAUUGAAAAAGAUUUGGCUGAAUCUUUGCCAAGGUUCUUGUUUGUUAUUUUUGAAUCCAUGUCAGACGAAUUGUUAAAGCUUUUUAGAGAAUCGUUCUUUGAAUUUGUUUUUGAUAAAACAAUACUAGCAACGGCUGAAAUUGCAGCUGAAAUCUGCGGUGGUAUCAUAAAGGCAGAUCCCAAAUCUUUCAAAGGUAUCUGUUUCGCAUUGAUCGAUAGGAUCAAAGAAAACAUCUAUAAACAUGAAGCAGGCUCUUCUAGGACGGGCGUCGAUAUACUUCCCCGUGAUCAACCUUUAUUCUGGAAUCUACUCAUUUUAAAUGAGUGUGUCGGAAAUGCAGGUGGUUAUGUCAAAGAAUGCGCCAAGGAACUUAAAGACUUAUCGUUUUCUUUGAUGGAAGUCAAGGGUCCUACAAUAUUUGCCAGCUCUUACUUGUUGAACCAAAUUUUACAAUCUUUGACCAAGAUUAAGCUAGCAGAAGCAAAACUAAUUUCUCCUUUAUACAUAAAGACAGUUGGAAUAAAUGAAAAAUGCUGGGGUGGGUUUCAGUUUGAUGAAUUGAGAUUCAGUAAAGAGAACAUGACCUUUGAAUGGUUCAUUCCUGAUGAAACCGACAUCGACAUUGCUAUAUCUUGCUUUAAUGAUCAUGUUCAUAAAACUUUGAGCAAUAUUCUGCUUUUAAUGAAGAGACAUUCAGUCGAAAAUCGAAAAGACCCAAAUAUUAUUCUUCAGCUUUCAGACGAGCUUCGGGUAAAUUUAUUGUACUUGGGAUACUCACUUAGCGGAAUAUCAUAUUUGAUUGAUCCUUCUUUCAAUGACGACAUCCCGAAGCUAAGUCUGGACAAUGUCGGGUCAAUUAAGCAGCGCCUACUACUUUUAAAAACAUUGAGGGAUAUGGAUUAUACUUCCUUUGCUGAUAAUGAUGAACUGCGGAUUGAAACUUUCCAUGAAAACUUAGACAACAUUGUACGAAAUAUGAAUACUGAGGAGGGUGAUGAUGAAUCUUCUAUAGAAAAUUUGGAAAGAUUGUAUGCAUUGGAUAAUUCAGAGCCAAAGAAGAGAGAAGAGAUCUACGACUCUGUGUCUUCUGAGGCUGAUGUGAUGUCUGCUGAGAUCCCUCAAACAGAGUCAGCUCUGCCUUCGGUUGAGCCUUCAUCAAGAGCAACACCACGUAUCGAAGAUUUUGACAUGUCAGCUAUGGAUCCAGCUAUCACAUUCAGAGAAAGAAAGCUUUACACCUCUCAUUAUGUCUUUGGAGAUGAUAUAGAAACUCGAAGAUCCAAUCCCAGUUACAUAAGAUUGCAUAGUAUAAGAGAAUUGGUAGGUAAGAGCUUGCACGUUAUUUGCAAAUUCCUUAUAACUCACUUUCAUGAUAAUGUGAAACUCAUGAAGCACUACCUUUAUACUCUCAAUAUCUGGUUCGCUGACGUGGGUCGUGAAAGGCUCCUAGAUUCUAACCAUUCCAGUAUUAAUUACGGCUAUAUCAGUAGCAUUCAGAGAAUUAAUCGUGUACGUAAACCAUUCACAAGAAUGGCGCUUGGGGCCAGAAUUGAUGCUUAUCACCAGCUAAGAGUUUCAUUGCAUGCUACUGCUCGGACUCAGACAUAUCUUGACAAACUCCUCUUGGAUGAUAUCGUUAAAUUAUCCUCCUCUAAUUACCUUGCAAUUUCAAGACCUGCUCAAUCGACAUUGCUGGAUGCUAUGAAAAGGCUCAAUGGUUCUUACAAUGUCAUAAUAAAAUCUUCAUUGCAGCAAUUGCAGAAAUCUUUCAAAACUACAAAUUAUAAAAUGAUGGAGAGUGUCUUGCACAUUUUUGAGUUGAAGAGACUUAGAAACAAACUUCAGAGCGACUAUUUCAAUGUUCUGAACUUUGUUGAUUUAUUAUGUAAGUGCCUUCAUGUUGACAACAUCGAAGUGAAUGAAUUAGCCGGAAGUCUACUCAAGUCUGUUGAUAAUGGAUUGACUCUUCCAAGUAGUGUUUGCUUGAUUGAUAAUAACGAAAUCGACAGCAUACGUCCAUCUGAUAAGUAUAUUGAUCUUGAAAUUUCUGUUGUGAAGCUAGCCAAGGAACGCAAAAGAAAAACCUAUCUUGAUCAUUUGGCAAAGUUUCAAAAUCAUCUCAUUUUCAUUGAGCAUUCGAAUAACUAUUGGAAAGCUACCACCCUUCUCCUUCCUAUAUUGAUCGAUUUGCUGGCUGAUUUUGAGAUGCCUUCGAGUGUUGAGGUCUUGAAGCUUGUUGCCAAAAAGUGCUCGACCGAUCACCCCGUCCUAGCACGUUUGGCAUUGAAAGGCCUCACCAGAUUAAUCAACAAGGUUUACUUACUACUGAUUUUUGAGCAUGACGUUCAGAACCUUUACGAUCUUGAGUAUUUGCCUAAAGAUGUUUCAAUUGUAAAGACCUCCCAUGUGGACGGUAAGUCAUAUCUUGAUAAGUGGGAAAGUGAAAUAAAAAAUAAAGAAGCUCCAAAAUACUUUAUUGAUCAUCGUGCAAAUACAGGGUGGCUUUUUUGGGGUGACGAGAUGAAGGUUGUCCUGAACCAGUCUUCUUUUAAAUUGGACUUGAAUGAGGAUGAUAAGGCUUCUCUAAGUGCUCUAGGUGAAUGUAUUUCUGUCGAGUGGUUUAGGGAUAUUGUGCGCCUUUGGGUCACAGAUAACGAAGUCAACACGGCAUUUCAGGGCACGGACGUCUACGCUACUGCAAGUAUUGUACUUUUAAUUUCAAAUGGCUUUGUCUCAGAUUUGACAUUCGAUAAAUUUUUGCAGACGAUAAAGGAAAUUUAUGUGGGAGACGACAAAAGCACUCACAUCGUAUCUUGUGAAUUGAUUGGAGGCAUUUUGAUCGGUUCGAAGUAUAUCGACCCAAAAUUGGAAAAUGAGAGAGAUAAUUUCAUAGUACCAUUUUUAAAGGAUUUAUUUGAAAAGGAUUUAUCCCCAGAUAACAGAGGAAUUUGGAAUAUAUUUUCAUGGUGGGUUCCUGCUCAUAUAGAUUGCCGGAGGUUUUCUCGGAUUACGGAUUUAUUUCUUGAUUUUAGUAUUGGUGAUUCUGAUUCUCCUAUAAGAGACUCUACUCGUUUGAGCUACAUAAGAUCAUUUGUAGCUUCUUUAACUUGGAGUUUUUCGCGACCGGAUGAAAUAACUGACUUAUGUAUAAAUAAUAUUAGCAAUCCCUAUCAAACGAUAAGAGAUCAGAUUGGGUCGUUACUUGCUAUGUUAACAUUCACCUUUUACAAUGAAUCUAUAAGUGAUAGUGAGACCUUUUUACUGGAGUGCAAUUGUGAUACUAGUUUAUCUUUGCAUGAGAAGAGUUCCAACAAGUUGUUGAGAUGCAUCCCAGAAAUAUUUGAAAGUAUUGAGAAAUGUAGGAGAGAGGUAGAGCUUCAAUCUCCUCAAGAGAUUUUGAAAUCAAGUUAUGUGUUCCAAACUACGGCAGUUCUUACUUGGCUAAAGCAAAUUUUAAGUACAAGUGCUGCUAUUGUCUAUCAAAGGUUCACAUAUAGCUAUAUUGUACCUUUUUUACUCAAAUUGAUAAACAUGAAAGAUGUGUGUCUAUUAGGAAACAUUGAGCCUAUCAGUGUAUUCAAGAAAGUUUCACAAAUUCCAUUCAGCUUGGUGACUUUGGAACAAAUCGUAGUUAUGCUUGAGAAGUAUUCUUCAGGAACUCUAAGUCUGAUUCAAUUAUUUAUAAUGGGAGAGUUCACUGAAACUCUUUAUUUCAAAAACAUCUUUAAGUUUACAAAAACUCAAAGGCAUCGCAUUAUAAAUUUAACAAAUAAGUUAGUUUACCACAAGAAUGCUGAAGUAAGAGACUCUGCUGCCUCGACUUUAUCUGGUCUCAUGCACUUAUCGCCACCUAGAGACAUUGAGGAACUAGUUCCAAAAUUCUCAGAUUAUUAUACAAGAGAUCUAAAACGUCUAAGGAAAAAAUACAAGAAAACGGGUUACAAAAAAAUUUCGGCGGAUGAUACUGUCACGCUUCAUGGGGCAACCUUGGGCUUGGGUGCUUUGGUGAAUGCAUUUCCAUUUGCAUCCCCACCUCCAAAAUGGGUGCCAGAGAUAUUAACAACCUUAGCGAAUAAAUCUUCUGGCAUAAAUGGUUUGGUUGGUAAAACGGCGAAAGAGAUAUUAGGUAAGUUCCGUAAAAGCAGACAAGACACCUGGCACGUCGAUAGCCAACUAUUUAACGAGGAACAAAUGGAAGACCUUGAAGGAGUUCUCUGGAAGAGUUAUUUUAUUUAG